GCGCCCGGAAGUGUGUCUCGAUAUUUAGAGACGUUCACGCUCCUCGGACGAGGUCCAGCCGUUAAACUAGUUCGGCUAGUUAGUUAUUGUCGCUUCUGGUUCUCUGUUUGAGCAUUUGUUUACAGUUGACUUUGAUGUUUACAUAGACAAGAGGAAGUUUCACCGAACGUCAAAGUUUAAAAGUAUAAAAGCGACGUGAACUGUGUGAAAGCUGCCUCUGGACCAACAGCAGCCCUCCUGCAGAGACUUUUGAAAUAAUGCUUCUUAGUGCAGAGGUCUAACUAGAUGCCCAUCAUGAAUCCACACACCCUGUCACUGAGAGCGCUGCUGUUCCUGGGGCUCUGGCACUCUGGGAGGAGAAGUCUAGCCUCAGCCCCAGAGCUGCAGGAACAGCCCAGGAAGAUAGCUGUUGUUGGAGCAGGCAUUGGUGGCACGGCUGCAGCGUUUUACCUGAGGCAGGAGUUUGGAGCCGGCACGAAGAUCGAUGUAUAUGAACCUGGCGAUGUCGGCGGGAGACUAGCAACAGUAAAAAUCGGAGACCACGAGUACGAGAUGGGAGGCGCAGUCAUCCACCCUCUGAACCUGCACAUGAAGCACUUCAUUGAAAAAUUAGGUAUUCCUCCAAGAAAAGACGUCCCCUCUAAAAUGGCAAUAUUUGACGGAAAGGAGCUCACGUAUGAAGAGAGCGACUGGUUUAUAAUAAAUGUCCUGCGCAUGCUCUGGAGAUACGGCUUCAACUUCCUCCGAAUGCAGAUGUGGGUGGAGGGUGUUUUGGACAAGUUUAUGAGGAUCUACCAGUAUCAGCAGUAUGGUUACUCAUUCUCCAGCGUGGAGAGGCUCCUGCAUGCCAUGGGUGGCGAUAGUUUUCUCACCCUGAUGAAUCAGACGCUGGAGGAAGCGAUGAUGGGGGAAGGAUUCUCGCAGGUCUUCCUCAACGAUAUUGUUGCGCCCAUCACUCGUGUCAACUAUGGCCAAAGUGUUCGCAUCAAUGGCUUUGUGGGGGCUGUGUCAUUAGCCGGAGCAGACUCGGGCCUGUGGGCAGUGGAUGGCGGUAACAAGAGAGUGUGCUCAGGAUUGUUGUACAACAGCAAAAGUGAGCUCAUUCCUGCCAGAGUGACCUCCAUUUCAGUCAAGGUUCGACCAUCCAAAUCAGGAGCCACAACCAGUUUCUAUGAGGUCAAUUCUGUUGGAGAAUCAGGUGCAGCACAUGCUUUGUAUGACAUCGUGGUAAUAGCAACACCGCUGCACCAGGGAAAGUCUGACAUCACCUUCUCUGGCUUCUCCCCUCCAAUCCCGUCUCACUACCCGGGGCGGUACCACCAGACUGUCUCCACCCUGGUCCACGGCAUGGUCAACAUGUCCUACCUCGGCACCACAGCACCAGCCUCGGAGUUCACAGUGUCCGAAGUCCUCACCACAGACUCAAAGGGCUGCGUCAUCAACAGCCUGAGCUCUCUCGACCCCGUACACAUCCCUAAGGACUACAAGCGUCCCCCUGCCAGCCAGAGCAAAGUCUGGAAGGUGUUCUCCCAACAGCCACUGUCCCAGGAGCAGUUGCGGGACAUGUUCCUCUCCUGGGAUUCGGUAUCUGAGACCCGGUGGCUGGCUUAUCCGUCUUACCGCCCCCCACACCGCAAGACCCCUCCCUUCAUCCUGCACAACCGGUUGUACUACCUCAACGCUGUGGAGUGGGCCGCCAGUGCCAUGGAGAUGAGCGCCAUCUCCGCCAGGAACGUGGCCUUGCUGGCGCACCACCGCUGGCACCAACAGGUCGACAAGAUCGACCAGGAGGACCUGCACACACGACUACGAGGGGAACUCUAGAAGUGAUAAAGUACUAUCAAUCAAGUACAGUAUAAUCACACGCCUGCUGCACUGUAAUAACACUCCUGUCAGGGCAAAUCCUAACUCUCCCUCAGGUAUCUGGGGUGCUCUGACCUCUUAAAACUUUAAGGUUUUUUUUAAAACUUGGAUCUUGCUGAUGUAGUUUUUUUUCCCAUCAGUUAUACCUUUUACUCAAAAAUGUAGCUGCCGAUGAUCUGGCAACAUGGCUGUAUCGCUACAGUGACUACAGAACAAGGCCUAAUUCGGAGUAUCCAAACAAAAUAUGCUGUUUAUAAGAAGAUCAAAAUAAUAGCGGAAUAUAGUGAACAUCGCAGUUAAUGAAGUCUGACAGGGCAACAAACAUGUCAGCAGUUGAACCAAAUUUUUUUUUUCACCACAUUAUUUGGCGGUUUAUAUAAUCCUUCACUGCACAGAAAAAACACUUGUGCCCACAAAUCUACUUCAAGUAAGACAACUUAAAGUUGAACCAGGAGGUUGCCACUGUAAAUCUUCGAUUUCUCUCCAAAAUAAGAGGGCAGUCGCAACAGUGUGUUUAAAACCUCCUCUGACUGUUUGUGCAUGUUCCUCACCCCAUCUCACCGAGAUUGCGAUCUAGCUUUAAUCACAAUCCACCACCAAGUGAUCCUCUUUCUCAGUUUUGUCAUGCCCUGUAGACUGUAGCAAGACAGGAAAUAGUGGUACACUGCUGAAUUUCCACCAUUACAAGCACAAUAUUGCAUUAAAAAUAGUUCCUUUUUGGCACAAGCUCCUCAUCUGCCAUGCUGUUAGCUAUAAACUCAUGUUUGACUGUUUACAAUUUGUCACCCUAGGAAGAGCAAAGCCAUCUAGUUGGCUACAUCAAUCUGUUGGUUUGUUCACCUAGCAUGGAUCUGCUAAUAAGUGAGGUUAUGUGAAGUCUGGAAAAAGAAAUAAGAGGACGUUAAACAUGGCUAUCUCUAUGACUAUCCUGAAAACUUGGUUGCCCACCCCUAGCACAGUGUUAUUAUUACCAAUAUUGUGCUUGAAACUUAGAAUAAAAGACCAACGGGUGCGCCCCUUUAGUCACCCUAACAGUAGCCAUCAUGCACCAGCAACAGCAGCACAAAUGACACUAAAAGGUGUCUCGACAUUAAACUGUGCUGAAUUCUCCAGUCACUGUGAAACAAGCUGCACUGCAGGGCACACACACACUCUUUAAGUGUCUCCCUGUCUAAAUGAGUGUCUUGAACAGAUGUAUUUUUUAUAAUGUGCGUUCCUGCUGUUUCAAAGACGGUACGGCUAACAUCCAGGAAAUCAUCUCGUUGGUGUCACAUAAAACAAAGCGUUGGCCCAUAUAAAGAUGUACUUUUUUAUUGAUGAAUUAAUGUGUCUUCUGAUGAUUUCUCAGCUGUCUACCUCCUCAGCAGACUACUGUAUGUGUUGAGAGUAGGUACAGGCAACUGUCACUAAGAACUGUUUUCUUUGUCAAUCAGAAAUACAAGAUAAACAAGUGUUGUUUCUUAGUAUUUGAUUAUGCUAAUAACAUUAAUAAGACUAUGAUUGCACGGCUAACCACACCGACGAGGUAACAGAUUUAUGAAUUCAACUUUUUAAUGAUGGUUUAAUGAUUGUGCCUUAAAGAUGUCGGAGUAAUUGGCUUUAUUAAAAAAAAUGAGUGUCCUUAUAAUUCUAGAAAUCAUUUGUUCUUUCUGUGUCAUCUAUGAUGAUUUGAGAGCCGCCAUCAGAGCCAGAUGUAUUUCUGUCUUUUGUUGUAACAUAUGGAUUAGACUCUAUUUUAAACUGUUCAGCAUGUGUGAUUUAUCAGAUGUCAUGUCGCUUUAACCGUUUUCAUGUUGGGAGGAAAAUUGUAGUUUCAAAUUGUUUCUUAUGCACUUUCAGAAUUGUAUUUUUCUAGAUUUUUGAAAGAGUUUUUCUGCUUGUGUGUAAAUGUUAAGACAUACUGUAGCAAAGAAUAACAAUAGUGCAAUUUAAUUGACAGUAAAGUUUCAGUUUUACACAUAAUUCCUUAAAACAACCAUGUUGAGUAUUGUAUUGUAUAAAACUGGCUUCUCCUGCACAAAUAAAAGGACACUUAAAUUUUUGAUUUUAGAUUUAAAUUGAUUUCAAAGGAAACUGAAACCUCCCCGAUCACACUGUAUGUUGUGUUUUGUUUACAAUCACAAUAAAGUCAUGAGACCAUGUCUGCCUGA